AUGGUGGACCCCGUCGCCGCCGUGGACGGGUGCGCGUACGAGCGCGACUACAUAGAGAGGUGGUUCCGGGAGCGGCGCCAGGUCCACCAGACCAUCACGUCUCCCGCCACGGGCCUGGAGCUGCCGUCCACCACCCUCAUGCCCCUGGUGGCGCUGCAGCGCGCCAUUGAGGCCUACCUCGCCCACCGGCCCGAGCUCCGGCGCGACCACCUCGCGGGCAGGUCCUUCGAGGAGGCCGCGCAGGUCCUGCAGUCCGACCUGCUCGAGAAGCAGGCCGUGAACGCGACCGUGCACGACGAGCUGCGGCAUCUGCGGGAGGCCAACAAGGCGUUGCGCAUGCAGCUGCGCCGCGCUGAGGCGACGUGCUCCGGACUGGCGGAGGAGCUCAGCCGGCUGCGUUCUGGGGCGCGCUCGUCGUCGGAGGACGAGAAGGCGGCGGCGGAGGCCAGCUCUAGCGGCCCCGGGGGCCGUGGCGGCAGUGCCGCCAGCAGCGCUGCACGGAGUCAAAGCCAAUCCGAGAGUGAGUUAGGCGCGGCCAACGAGGCCAAGUGCAGGGCCUCGCUGGAGGCCGCACGGACUGGGGUCAAGCCAGGCGCCUCGCCGCGACGGUGGCUGCGCUCCGCGCUGCUGUAUGCGCUGGUGGCUGCCGCCGGAGUGCUCGCUGGUGGCCGCCUGCACGGCGACGCGGGCAGUAGCGGGCGCGACGGCCACGGCCUUGCGGAGCUUCCAGAGGAGCUUGGGCGCUUGCUGGGCAGCCUGCACAACAUACAGACCUGGCUGCACUCCGUCGGCCUCGCCUCCGCGGAGCCGGGCGCGCCCAGUCCGCCGCCGCGGCAGCCUGAGCCAGAGGCUGCCGCAGCGCGGCCUCCAGCCAGGAAGGCAGCUGAGCAGGAGAAGGUGCCGUCGGGAUCGUCGGGCCUCGACUGCACGAAAUCGCAGAAGAACUCGAGCAGGUGCAAGUCCCUGGAGCGCGCGUCCCAGAGGCCAGGCGUGGACAGCGGGCCUGUCUCCGUGCCGCAGCAGAUCGAACUGCUGCGAGCGGGCAGCCCCGAGGAGAGGCACCACGCCGUGCUCUCGCUGCUGGACCAGCCCGCGCCCGACCUCGCGGAGGCUACGGUUCCGCUGGUCGGGCUGCUGGACGACGACAGCCGCGAGACGCAGCAGGUCGCGGCGGUGGCGCUGGGGGCCCUGGCCGCCGAGAGCGCCGCGAACCAGGCCGCCAUCGUGCGCGCGGGCGCCGUGGCGCCGCUGGUGCGGCUCCUCAAGGGCGGCCACGCCCAGAUCAUGGCGGCCAACGCCCUCCGCAACCUCGCCGCCAACAACGACAAGAACCAGGUCGCCAUCGCCCGCGCGGGGGCCGUGGCCCCGCUGGUGAGGCUGCUGCGGGACAGCGGGCCGGGCAUCCAGGCAGAGGCGGCGGCCGCUCUGGGCAACCUGGCCGGAGAGACGUCCCCGAAUCACCACGAGAAGCAGCUGGCCAUCGCAAGGGCCGGCGCCGUCGCCCCGCUGGUGAGGCUGCUGGAGGCAGAGGCCGCGCUGAACCGCGAGCUCGCGGCAGGGGCGCUGCGGAUGCUGGCCACCAACAACGCCGACAACCAGGUCAAGAUCGCGCAGGCUGGCGCGAUCAGGCCCCUCGUGCUCCUGCUGCAGGAUGAAGCCGCCACCGUCCGCCUCGAGGCCGCAGCCGCGCUGGGGAACCUGGCGUUCUACAACACGGAGACCAACUUCGGGAACCAGCUGGCCAUCGCCGAGGCCGGGGCCGUCGGGCCCCUGGCGCGCCUGCUGCAGGACCCGGCGCCCGGCGUCUGCGAGGCCGCGGCGGGCACGCUGCGGAACCUGGUCGCCCGCAACCCAAAGGUGCAGGCCGUGGUGGUGAGCUCGGGCGCCCUGGGACCCAUCACGUGGCUGCUGCAGCACGGGGGCCUCGAGGCGCAGCUGGAGGCCGCCGGGCUGCUCCGCAACCUGGCGGCCCACGAGGGCGACGGCCAGGCCGCGGUGGCGGACUUCGUCGCGCGCGCGGGCGCCGUGACGCCGCUGCUGGCGCUGCUGGAGGCGGAGGUCCCGGAGCUCCAGGAAGAGGCCGCCGCGGCCCUGUGGAGCUUGGCGCGCAGCAACGAGGCCAUCCGGGCCGCGGUGUCGCAGGCCGGCGCGAUGUUGCUGGAGCCCGCGCGCGAGGGCCAGCCUUGA